CUGCACAAACUUCGCCUAAUGCAGUCACACCGCAGAUAUGUGAGUGAAACGCUGAAGAACCGUGGACAAAGAGGAACCAAAUCAGCGACCAGCAGGUGCCAAAGAUGGCUCAGCGGCUUAUCAAUGAAGAAGGGAGCACAUUAAUUCCUACACUAGAACCUGCCGGAGAGCCAAAAGGUUCAAUGAUAUCUGCGUCUUUUAAUUUUAUCAAUUCCAUUAUAGGAUCUGGAAUUAUUGGUUUACCAUAUGCAUUGAACCAGGCAGGACUCCCCUUUGGCCUUCUGCUUUUGAUAGUUGUUGCAUUCAUCACAGACUACUCAAUCAUCUUACUAAUCAAAGGAGGCAACCUAUCAGGGACAAACAGUUAUCAGUCACUGGUGCAAAGCACAUUUGGUUUCCCUGGAUUUCUAAUUUUAUCUGCACUGCAGUUCCUUUAUCCUUUUAUUGCUAUGAUUAGCUACAACAUCACCACGGGUGACACAAUGACCAAAGUAUUUCAGAGAAUACCAGGAGUUGGUCCAGAUCACAUACUUGCUGAGCGUCACUUUGUAAUCUUGCUAUCAACUGUUGCAUUCACGCUGCCUCUCUCGCUUUAUCGAAACAUAGAGAAACUUGGGAAGGUGUCCUUCCUGUCAAUGGUGCUGACACUUAUCAUCCUCAUCAUUGUAAUCAUCAGAGCAGCUACCUUUGGACCUCAAAUCCUCCCUACAGAGAAUGCAUGGGCAUUUGCAAAGUGGAAUGCUAUUCAGGCAGUUGGUGUAAUGUCUUUUGCCUUUAUAUGCCACCACAACAGCUUUCUUAUCUAUGGUUCUCUGGAGCAACCCACGCUAGCUAACUGGUCUCGGGUCACCCACUUGUCCGUAGGCUCUGCGCUAAUAAUUAGUGCUACCUUUGCUGUUGCUGGCUAUACCACCUUCACUGGCUACACACAAGGAGACAUAUUUGAGAACUACUGCAGAAAUGAUAACCUGGCAACGUUUGGUCGCUUCUGUUUUGGCCUCAGCAUAAUAACCACAUUUCCACUGGAGUGUUUUGUUACACGAGAGGUCUUAUCCAAUGUCAUUUUCAGUAGGGAUCUUUCAAAAGCUGAACAUGCGGCCAUAACUUUGCUCAUAGUUGCAGUUUGCGCAUUAGUGUCUUUGGCCUUUGACUGUCUGGGAGUUGUUUUGGAGCUCAAUGGUGUUCUGAGUGCCACACCUCUGAUUUUCAUCAUGCCGUCUGCGUGCUUCCUCAAACUUUCCACUGGCCGCUGGUUCGAAGGUGAAAACUUGAUACCCACCAUCUUGAUAUUAAUUGGCGUGUUUGUAAUAAUCACUGGCUUGACAAUGACUGGCCUCUACCCUCAAGACUGUUCGCACGGUGUGGAGAUGUUCUACUGUGCAGAUGCUAAUGUCUCGGGCACUGUGCCACCUGUAUGAAAUGAACAUCCAACAAAUAUUUAAAUUGUCUUAAACUUUUUUUUAACAACACAGGCUUUAUGCACUUACCAUGGGGCUUUUUUAUGGCUUAGGCUAAAGUUUCCUUAGUUCUAGUUACGGUAAAUCCUAAUGCUACACCAUGAAAUGAUAUUUCAGAAAAUACUUUUGUGUGCUUUCAACUUUGUGGCAACACUUUGGGGAAGAUCUUUUCCUCUUUCAAUAUGACAAUGUUUUUAUUGGGUUUGGAGCUGAAGAACUUGACUGGCCUGCACCAUAGACUGUUUAUAAAAAAGCCUGCACAGACCCUGACCUCAAUGCUAUUAACGCCUUUGAGAUGAACUGGAACACUGACUGUGAACCAGGCCUUAUCACCAAACAUCACCAAUGCUCAUGUUGCUAAAUGGGAGCUAAUUGCUGCAGCCAGGUUCCAAAUUAUUCUGAAAGUCUCCUGAAAAGAGGAGAAGCUGUUAAAGUAACAUAUUAAUGGCAAUGAUUUUGGAAUGCGAUGUUCUACAAUCACAUAUGGUAUAAUGUUGAGGUCGGUUGGCCACAUAUUGUAUGUAGAAAUGUUUAAUUUUUUGUUUUUCCUUUUGUAAUUAAUAGUAAAUCUUGAUAUUUAUUAUUCUGGAUUGUUUGUAUCACACAGAAUUGAUCGUUUCCAUAUCCAGCCACACGAUGUCACUGUAGACAAAUAAA